AGCUCCGCUCGGAUUAACUAUCGUUCCAUAUACCCCUGUCCAAUAUUAUUCAUCCCCCCUCUCCAAAAAUCCCACCUAUUGAUACUUGGAAAUCCCAUUACUGAGACUCAAUCAUGUCGACGUUUAGGCCAUAUACUUAUUUUCAGUGUCCUUGUUCUGAUACAUCCAUUCUAGCAAAUUCUUCUACACCCCCGGAUUCUCCAACUCACGAAGAAGAACGCACGUUUGAUCCAAGAGCUCCACGCGCGAACUAUAGCUUAUAUCCACUGGAACAUCUUCUAUAUUGUGAGGAUUGUCACCAAAUUCGAUGCUCGAGAUGUGUAUUAGAUGAAAUUGUGACUUGGUAUUGUCCGAGCUGUUUAUUCGAGGUACCGAGUAGUACAGUGAAGAGCGAAGGUAACAGAUGCACAAGAUCCUGUUUCCAAUGCCCAAUAUGUAUAUCACCUCUCUCAGUCAGUGAGGCGCCAAUUCCCGAAAUACCCACUGCUUCGCCAUCUCCAGCAGCACCCUACAUUCUUCACUGCGCAUACUGUAUGUGGAGUUCGACCGAAAUUGGCAUACGAUUCGAAAAGCCAAACUCCGUAUACUCACAAUUGUCCAAGAUAAAGAAUGGUGGUGAUCCACUGAUAAGUGCAAAAGAACGUCGUCGAGAUAGAGAUGAAAGACGGACAUCUUUGGCUACAGAAACGAUCCUGGAAGAGGCGGACGAGGUCAUAGAAAAACAUGUAGACCCAAACGAGAAACUUGAUAUAGAAAGUCAAUAUGCGAACCUAAGAUCAUUUUACCAGGGCCAAUUGGCAGACUCAAAUCCAAGUAGUGCGCUAGGAUUUACCAAUGAUUAUGGAUAUGGGUCCCCUGGAGCAUUAACUCGAAUAAUGGGCCUCUACACAAGUGGAAGUUUUGGUGACCGAAAAACGAAAUCUAAAACUGCAAGCAUGCGAGAAGCGUGUGAUUCAACCGAAGGACUCCAAGUCUACGAUCCUGAAGCCGAGUCUGUGGCCGUCUCACAACUUCUUAGAGAAGGCUGGGAAGGUACAAUUGCAACCGAGCAAAGGACAAAUCAGACAUCACCUUCAACCCGAUUCCUCGACUCUCUUCGCCCAGUUCCUUGCCUGCUUCGCACCAAACGUUCCAAACGUUGCCGUACCUGCCGUCACAUUCUGUCCAAACCUGAAUCCAAAGUCCCAACCACACGCUUCCGUAUCCGCCUGGUCGCUCUCUCCUACAUACCAUCUAUCAGCCUCUCCCCUCUUCAACCCACCCCCAGUCCGACUCCCGCCCAAAUAACCCUCAUCCCCCUCAAGCCAACUCAAUUCCUCCUAACUUUCAAAAAUCCCCUAUUUGAACCCGUCAAAAUAUCCCUUGCAACAAAAGGUCUCACAACCGAUCGGCACGCCUCCAAAGUUAUCCUCCUUUGUCCCCAAUUUGAAGUCGGCGCCAACACAGAUAUGUGGGAUGAAGCCCUACAAGAUUCCUCGGCCUCCGCCCAUGAUCGGAAACAUUCAACCGCUACCCACGGCAGCAUGGCGAGCAUUGAUCUCAGCAACGAAGCGCACGGAAAGCCCUGGGACAAAGGUCGCAAUUGGACAAGCGUAGUCGUCGAAGUCACACCCGGGAAACUUAAGACGAAAUUGCCCGGGUUAGAGCAACAGAGGAGAUUGGAAGAAGAAGUGCAAAAGGAAAGAGUGGAAGAGGACGCCGAUGUGUGCGAAAUCGCAGUUUUUGUGAGAGUGGAAUGGGAGGCAGAUGCGGCUGGUGAUGGAGAUGGGGCUGGAAAAUUGGGGGGAUUAGGGGAUAGAGAUGGGAGGGAAAAGAGGGAGUUGGCUUAUUGGUGUGUGGUAGGCGUGGGGAGGAUCGGUAAAUGA